AUGGGAAAAAAAAGCGAAAAGAGUGAGGAAAGAAAAGAUUGAAAAAGGAGUGAGAAGGAAGAAAAGUUAAAAGAAAAAAGAGAAAAGGAGAGAAAAAAAGAGAAAGAAAAAAGUGAGGAGAGAAAAAUGAUAGAAGAGGAAAAGGUUAGGAGAGAAAAAGACGAGGAGAGAAAAAAGUGA